UUUAGAAGAUAUUGUUGUGUGAUGAUAAUGAUGAUUCUGUUCAUGUUCAGGUUUUGUCUCGUUUGAUCAUAAGUUAUGUUGUAGUCUCCUCCUCCUCCUCCUUGUUACUUUCUCAGUUUUUUGUAGUGUAAAACAAUGGGUCCAGCAUGGUUUGGUAAAAUUUACAACAAGCUUGAAACAAUACUUGUGGAGGUGGACACUUUCACUUCACAGAGCACUCUGUGUUUGAAUUCAAGUGAUCCUUCAGGAUGGGAAUCUGUAAGAGGUGAACCAGAUGAUAGGCUUACUUCACCGAGCUGUGAAAGAAGUCCUUCUGAUCCACCAUCACAUCAGAACUUUGACGUUUUAGGAAAUGUUAGUGUUGAGGAACAAGUUGAAGAGGAUAUCAUGAAGGAGGAUUUAUCAGUCUCCUCCUCCUCGUCUUCUGAUGAAGAAACACUCUCUAGAGUUUCAUUGAUUCAAGAGUACUGUGUUGGUAAUCUGACAUCACCCACUUCACAUGGCAAUGAGGAGUCUCCUGGAGAAGCUUCGGUUUUUCCAAGAGAGGAGAGUGUAGAAGAAGUUAGGGUUGAAUCAUUCAGAGAUUAUGUUUCCACAGCUACGCUUGAGAUCUCAAAUGUAAAUCCAACCGACACAAAGUUUCCAGAUGCACCUGCUGAAGAUAACAUGAGAUCCUCUAAUGAGGAUGAUGUGAUUAAUGGUAAGCCUGAUGCUCCAUUGGAUACCAAAGCAUUGUCCGGCAUAACAUUUCAAGAAGACCACCCCGGGUGUGUUGACGACAAUGAACUCUAUGCUCUCCAUUUUAGGACCAAGAAGCUCAGAUCAGUAAAGAGAAAGAUCUUGGAUGCUUUAACGACGAAAAGAAUAAGAGAGAAGGAGUAUGAGCAGCUUGCAAUUUGGUUCGGAGAUGCAGAUAUGGGUUCUGAUCUGGUCAGUGGUGACUCUGAAGCCAUAGACUUCAAAAGCUCGCAGGUACAUGAAUCAGCCGAUUCCCAAUGGGAGCUAUUGUGAGAGUCAUGCUUACAUCAUUUUAGUACCUUUGUAUAGUGAGACUCCUAUUGCUUUAUUAAAAACAUAAACGAGCUAAUCUGCUCUGAGAUGCAAACUGUUUUUUUUGACAAUGAAUAACCAAAAGUUUAUCCUAUAUCUUUACUUGCUUU